AUGGCCUCAAUCUUCUCUCGUUACGGUGCUCUCUGUGCGCUUCUUCUCGUGGUUCUCGCCGCCUUCUUGGGAGUGGCGGUGGCCAGCGACAGCUGCGAGUGCCCGUGCCCCUGCGACUCGGACAGUGGCAGCUUCGCGGUAACGUGGUACAGCGGCUCGAGCGUGUGGUGGCUGGCGGUCACCAUCCCGGGCUCCAGUUCGGUCAAGAUCGACUGCGGCAACGGCCAGGGCUUCGUCAACAUGACCCCCGGCUGGGCAUCCAACAUGUGGACCUUCUCCUCGGGCAACGGCCAGGCGUGCAAAUCCAGCGUCCAGUUCAUCGUCAAUGGCGGCUCCGCCCAGUCUGCCACCGCGCCUUUCUAG